AUGGCAGUCAGAGUCAAGCAGCGGCCUUCUACCAUGGACAAGACAGCUCUUGACAGGGACUUCAACAACUUGGUCCACGACGUGGUCGCUGUGUCGCUCGCAUGUGCCGCUGAUGUCAAUUUGCACGUUCGGGACUCAGGCGCCCGGAACACAGUCCGACUUCGUCCGUCACCCGCAGACACCAGCGUCAACGAUCCUCCAACUCGGAUCUCAAGGGUCCUGGUGCAGUCCGGUCUCGCAGAUGAUGUCUCGUACGGCACAUGGGUUGCUGUGGGUGGCUCGACAAGCAGUCUCUCUGUCAAGGGUUCCAUUUCCCUGAACGCAGUAGCGACACGUCGAGCCCAGUUCAUCAGCUUUGGUAUUCAUCCGAUGGCAGGGGGUCAGGGAUAUGGAUCCCUAUACGAAGACGCAAAUCGUGUCUUUGCCAACUCGGAUUUCGAGAAUGACAAAUUUUCAGAGUCUCAAUCCAAGGAUACCAUGCCGCGCAAAGAUCUGAAGUCAAAGAGAGGGUUAGAACGUUGGCCCAUGUUCUCUUUCCGGGUGGAAAGUACUGCCCCUUCGCCGCACAAUCGAUCCUUUGAAGACAUACUGGAACAGCCCCGGAGAUUGUCUCAAAUAUCCGAUCUGAUCAAGAUUAUAUGCUUCGAAUUCUUGAAGAAACACCAAUUUCGUCCUCGGGCACUGUCGUCGGGACGCAACUUGAAGCGGCAAGCCUCUCGCAGCGACAGCACGACCAUCGCCAAGCGUGCUAAGACCGCGUCCUCGUCCCAAAGUCGUUCUAGAACUUCGACACCUGCUCCGAGAACCGCAUCGCCAUUCGACCUCUGGGAAAGAGUCAAAGUUGGCAAAGCACGGCAGUUGAUGCCCAAGCUCAAUGCUUAUGAGGCCCAGUCGUUGCCGUUGCCGCUCAUACCGCCAGUCACGGUUCUCGAAACCCCCCGAGCGCCUGGUGGGAGAAGCCCCUUCGUCGAUAAAGAGGGGCGGCUACUUGAGAAGCCAUUUCACGAGAUCGGUCUGCCGCCAUCUCUAUCGAAGCAAGAUUCUCGAGGCUUGCAGCCGCCUGUCAUCAAAAACACCCCUAAAGAAGCUGCCGAAAGGCUUUCGGGUGAGAAUCAAAGUGAUGUCCAUCUGUCAGAUACUAGGCCUCUUUCAGUGCAGACCGACGGAAUGUCAAAAGUCUUCUCAAAAUGCAUCCGCAUUAGAAGAGACAAGACUUGUGAAGAGCCGAGCGAGUGGCUCAGUGGCCUUCUUGGAUCGUGGAAGAACCCAGUAUUUCCAGCCACCGAGGCUCCUAUCCACCACAUGGAGGAGGUCACAGCCACUGCGGGUACUGAAGUCAAAUGCGGCGGCCAUGGCUUGGGAAGCUCCUCGGUCGAAAUGUCGUCGAUAAAGCUACAGGGACAAUUGUCCAAGCAAAGUCUACGCGACGCCGACGUGGUCUCUCAGGUUGACAAAAAAUUCAUACUCGUCAAGUUGCGACAAGAAACAAGCUCGAAGUUUUUCCGUGAAGCAGGCAAUAACACAAUGCUAGUUGUUGUUGACCAGCACGCCGCAGAUGAACGGUGUAAACUGGAGGCAUUGAUGAAGGGAUACUUUGUCCUGGAUAACAAUGCCGUCCUCAGAGCCGAGACCAUGGUACUGAGCGCCCCUCUCACGUUUGAGCUGAGUAGCAAAGAGUGUGAGCUACUCCGACGGCGCACCAGCCACUUCGAGGACUGGGGAAUAAUCUACAUCAUCACAUCAACGGCUCAGACCUCAGGAUCGGCCCAGCUUUCUACCAUUGAAGUACGUAGUUUGCCACCAAGUAUCCUCAAGCGCUGCAUGGAUGAGCCAAAGCUGCUGGUGGACCUCUUGAGGCACGAGGUCUGGAGACUAGAAGAGAGAAGACACAUGCACUCCACUGUAUCCUUAUAG